AUGGCUGAAGAACAAAGAACAUGGACUGGCAAAGCCAUAGUGGCUCGCGAUACGCUGGCUAACAAGGGGUGGAAGAUGGAGGAAGUCACGACGAAAGAAAUCAAAGAGGACGAGCUGCUCGUGGAGCUUGUAGCGAGUGGUAUCUGCCAUACAGAUAUCAUGUGUGGUUCGGGAAGCGGCGAUCCAGACCUCUUCUAUUAUCCUCGCGUUCUUGGGCAUGAAGGUUCAGGCUAUGUCAAAGCUGUCGGAUCCAAAGUUCAAGUUGCAAAACCAGGAGAUGCUGUGUUAUUGUCGUUCGACUGGUGCGGUAGUUGCGAGUCCUGCAAAGGCGGCCUUCCAUCAUUAUGUUACGAAAGCAUGCCGCUAAACUUCGGUAACAAGGCCGCUUUCACGUCUGCUGACUCAGAGAAUGCUGGCGACAUAGCUGGUAAAUUCUUUGGUCAAUCCAGCUUCGCUCGCUAUAGUGUGGCGAAGCAGAACAGCGUUGUCAAUGUAACCAGCCUCGUCAGGAGCAAGGAAGAAUUGCAGACCUUCGCACCCUUAGGUUGCGGAUUUCAGACUGGAGCUGGCACCGUAGUCAAUGUCGCAAAAGCUACACCCGAAGACACUAUUGUCGUGCUUGGCUUGGGAGGCGUCGGCUUGAGCGCAAUCAUGGCAGCAAAGCUCUCUGGCUGCAGGACCAUUAUCGGAAUCGAUCGCGUGGAUAGCCGUAUGGAAACGGCCAAGUCUCUGGGCGCUACGCAUGUAAUCGAUACAUCGAAACUCUCAGAUGGCAAAACUGUGGUUGAAGCGGUGCAGGAACUCUGCGAAGGUUGCGGCCCUGCGAUCACCAUCGACACAACGGGUGUUCCUGUCCUCAUCAAAGCUGCCAUCGAGAUGACAAGAAAGGGCGGCAAGAUUAUUCAAGUUGGAUCAACACCGCCAGACUUUCAGGUCGAACUACCAGCAUUCCUCUUUAUGAACAGUGGUAAGGCAUAUAUGGGAGCGAUUGAAGGCAACAGCAUAUCUUCGGAUUUCAUCCCGAAGAUGAUCAGGUGGUACCGGGAAGGCAAGUUCCCAUUUGACAAGCUUGUCAAGCUCAUGCCUGCGGAGGAUUUCGAGAGAGGUAUCCACGAGAUGCACACGGGCGAGACAGUAAAGCCUAUCAUCACCUGGUCCUGA